AUGUUCGCUCUCAUCCAGGAGUGUGCGAACAACUACCACCUCGGCCGCAUCUCAUCACCGACAAGGACAGAAGCUUUUGAGAGAACAAACCCAGCCAGCCUUGUGAACAAGUUUGGCAAUGAACAGUUCGCCGUGCCGGUCACCGUCCUGGAGAUGGAGAGCUUGUCGAUCGCGGAUGAGAUUCGAGCCAUUGCGAACACGGAUCUGCUCAUCAGCGCACAUUCCGCGGCCCUCUCCUGGAUGAUGGCCCUGCCUCCUUGCGCGCAGGUCCUCGAGAUUUGUGCAGCUGGGAACUACCAGUUCAUCAACUACGCAAAGCUCGCCGGUGUGGAGCACCACUGUGCUGGCCCCCACAUCGCCUGGGGAACAAAAGGCUUCACGGCCCCGGUGGAUGACAUGGUGAAGCAGGCCCGAGAUGCCAAAGCCAGGCGUGACAAGUGCUUGAAAGAGAUGUGA